GGCGUUGGUUAAGUCACGUGGGGGCGUGGCAAAUAUAUUUUUGUUUACGCUCGUUCUGGAAAAGAAGAGAAAAGAGAACGCAACAUAGCCAGAACAAGAAUUGAAAAAUUUGAAGUCGAAGCGCGUCUGUCAAAAUUGGCUUGUAAAGUAAAAUUAGGUCAGCCUUUUCGUUGAGCAAAUUAAAUAAAUAUUUCGCCGUUGAGACUGAUCAGAAACCAAUAAAAGAUGUCUGAGCGAAAAGUUUUAAACAAAUACUAUCCUCCGGAUUUUGAUCCAUCUAAGAUUCCUCGCAUGAAAUUGCCCAAAAACAGACAGUACACCGUUCGUUUGAUGGCUCCGUUCAAUAUGAGGUGCACGACGUGCGGAGAGUACAUUUACAAAGGAAAAAAGUUCAACGCAAGGAAAGAGGACGUUGAAAAUUCCGACUAUCUGGGCAUCAGAAUCUAUAGAUUCUAUAUUAAGUGCACCCGGUGUUUAGCUGAAAUUUCAUUCAAAACCGACCCAAGGAACACCGAUUAUGAAAUUGAAGCUGGGGCAACAAGAAAUUUCAUGGCACUGAAGUUGGCGGAAGAGCAGGCAGUUCGAGAAGAAGAGGAGCGGAAGGAGGAAGAGUCCACAAAUCCAAUGAAGUUGUUGGAAAAUCGUACCAAAGCUUCAAAGAGAGAAAUUGAGCAGAUGGAGGACUUGGAAGAACUUCGAGAUUUGAAUCGCAGACAGCUUGCCGUCGAGUAUGACUCAAUGCUGGCGCAAUAUUCUGAGGACUCGGUAACAAGGGCUGCGCGAGAGAAGGCAGAAGACGAAGCGGAAAUCAGGGCCAGUUUCAGGUCCAAUUCAUUGAAGAAAGUGGCCGAGGAAAUCGUCGAAGUGGACGAGGAAGCGCCUCCAGCCAAAAUCCCCAAGGUUGCACCUCCAAAGCACACCUUUGUCCCAAAGCCUAAACCUAUGAUGGUUUCGAAAUUGGCAAGCGCAGUGGUCAGCAAAAAGGCGCCUGCAGGUCCGAGUAGCAAGAUAGCUGCUGCAAUCAAACCUAAGGAGGCUCCACCGGCAACCUCAAAACCGGCAAGUGCAAACGGUCUGUCUUCAUUGUGCGCCUACAGCAGUGCAAGCGACUCCGACUAAUUUUUAUGUAUUUUAUGACGGGAUGAAAUAUAAUUGGAUAAUUUGCAUAAAUGUGC